AUGGCGGGCAGCAGUGUCCCGGCUGGCGGCAUUGGCGGCCGUCAUUGCUGGCUGUUCCAAGCGAUUUCCCCGAAGGAGUCGCCUCAGAUCCGCCGGCCGAAGGAGUUGCCGCAUGCCGGCCGCCGGGGGACCUCGAGCCUCUACAAUGGGACUCGCGUGUCCAAGUCCGACCCCGUCUUCCUGACCAUGGGCCAUGUUGACACGUUGAACUCCAGCAUCGGCGUUGCGAUUCAGUUCCUCACCAGCCACAAGGACAAGAAGAUGAUCGCCGACCACCUGGUGUUGGUCCAGAAUUGGCUGUUCGACCUCGGGGCCCACAUCGCCACCCCGCGGACCAGCUCCAACCCCACAAAGAUCAACGCCACCCAGUUCGACGAUGAUGGCAUGCUGGCCACCCAGCUCGAGGAGUGGAUCGACGACAUCAGCGCCCGGCUUCCGCCGCUGAAGAACUUCAUCCUCCCCUCCGGCGGCUACGCCUCGUCCCAUCUCCACAUGGCCCGGUCGUACUGCCGCAUGGUCGAGCCCCACCUUGUGACGCUGGUGGUCGACCGCCAGGACUGCCAUCCCUCCAGCCUGGCUUUCAUCAAUCGGCUGUCGGACUAUUUGUUCGUUGCCGCGCGUCUUGCCUCGCAGGCGGAUGCCGUGCCGACGGCCACCUACCAAAAGCGUCUGCUGACCGGGGCCGCGGUCCAGCGCCGGCGGACCACCACCUCCGCCCCGGCAGGAGGUCUGCGCUUUUUGAUGCUGCUCCUGCUGGCUUUCUGUGUGGCCACCUUCGUGCUGGGGGCGGUUCUCCUGACCACGGUUUUGACGGUGGCUCCGCGGGACAUGCAGGUGGAUAUCAUCGCCGGGACCAUGACGCACCCGAUCUUCCUGUAUCGGCUGCUGUCGCUGGCGGCCGGCGCGGCCGUGGCCAACCUCCCCCGGGUCCUCGGCCCGCUGGCUGCCAUGCACCAUGGUGCCAUGCAGCUGGCAGGUGAUCUGGUGGCUCGCGGCCCGGCCGACGCGGUGAGUCGCCUUCGUGAGCAGGCGGCCACCCUGCCGGCCCAUGGGGCGGCGCUGGCCCGGUGGUCGGCGGCCGAGACGGCGGCCGUGGCGGCGCACGCGCGCGCCACCCUCCCCAGCCUUCUGGGGUCCACCUUUGCCGAGGCCUACACCCAGUCGUACCAGCUGGCCGAGAAGGCCAUCCUCCCGAGCCUGGACUCCGGGAAGCAGUGGUCCGUCGCGACGGCGGCCCACUUCGCCCCGGCGGUGGUCGUGCGCCUGGAGCAGGCUCGCGACCAGUACCUGGCUCCGGCGCUGGCUCAGGCGGGUCGACUGGUCGGCGAGGCUGAUCGCCAGGUUCCGCAGGUCCGCCGGGCCUUCAUGGCGUCCGUUGACUUCCUCAACGACCGGAUUGGCCAUCUGAUCCAGCCUCCCGGCGGCACGGGGUCCAAGUGCGGCACGGCCAAGCCCCUGCGCCACCUGACCCCCUUCGGCAACUGA